AUGAGCCAAGGACUAUUGCUACGGACUGUAGCAUUGGCCCUGGUGGCGUUGUCGACCGUGACGGGUCAUUCUGCCCAGGAUUCGUUUCCCGUCCACCACUCGCAUGAAUCGCCGCUACCGUUCAGCAAUGCGUUCGUGUACUCGGACCUGGCUGCUCAGCCAGCGUUUAAGGUGCUUAUGGAGUACGAUGCUUUGAUAUCAGAGGCGGAAGCUGUAGCACGGCAAAAGAGUGACCCAAAUGCGGUGCUCCUCCCGAUACAGCGGCCGUCGGGCAAGCUAUACUAUUUAUGCCAGACCUCACCCCAAACAGCAACGCCUGACGUUAGACUACAGCCACUAGAAGCGAUCUCUCCCGCUGUGUACGCCAGUAGAUUACGGCAAACCUUGAAAGCUGUGCAGGGCCUAGACCGCAAAUGUCUGAUAUAUACCCAGGGAUGGUGGGAAUACGAAUACUGCCAUCUUCGCCAUGUCCGGCAAUACCACCGCCCGGCGGAGAGGGAUCCCGCCUAUCCGAACGCAGAAGGGCAGAGACUCGACUACAUCCUCGGUCGACCGCCGGUGCCAGCAUCACCCCCACCAAGCGGCGGCGUAACAAGUUCCUCCGUCCCACAGAAGGGCGCGGAAACCGGCGACCAACCCAUCCCCGGCAUGGAUUCGAGCGCACUGAUCGAAUUCGACGAGGAGGCCCGCCACUACCUCCGCAUGCGCUGGACGCACGGCGGCGUCUGCGAGAUCACCGGCAACCCUCGCCAAAUCGAGGUGCAGUUUCACUGUUGCCACAACGACCACAUUGCGUCCGUGCGCGAAAUGGCCGUCUGCAACUACGUCAUGAUCGUGCAUACCAAGCGCGUGUGUGGUCUGCAGUGGUUCAGAGGGAAACACGAGAAUCUCAGAGGCGGCGCGGAACAGAACAGUGCGGGUGCGCAGGCGGGCGAGGUUGUGUGUUCACCGGUUAGGAGCCAUUCGGGGCCGCUGGCGAUCUCGAGGGAGGAGCUCGCCUCCGUGCUCCGGAAUGAACGACAAGGCGACAUCCUCAAAUCUCAGAAUAUCCCCGACCACCCAACCACCUCCCACUCAAAAGACUCGAUCCAAACCGCCCAAACAUCCACCUCCCCCGCUUCAUCCACUGACCCACACGACGACCACCACCCCGGCGCAGCCCCGCGGAACGCGCCCCUCGAGCUUGCAGAAGGCUUCUCCUUCCUCGACGAGCAAGACCCGAUCGAGCAGCUCCUCAACGCCGUGCUGUACGACCAGGGGGAGUACGACGACGAGUACGAUAUGUUUGCGGAUGCGGAUGAGUAUCGAUUGCUGGAUGAGGAAGGUGGGGAGAUCGCUGCUGAGGAGUUUGGGGUGGGAAGUGGUGGUACGCUGGAGAAUGAUGGUGGUGGGGAUCAUCGUGGGCCCCGGACCACCACCGGUAAUACCAACCGCCCACCCCCCACCGACCCAACCCGCCGCGCCCGCCGCGCCGACAAACUGCACACCCUUCUCUCCUCCUCCCCCUCCUCCCCCGACGACGAUCCCGAAGAAGACAUCUACACAACCGCUCUCGACGAGCUAGACGAGCUCACCGACGCCGAGUUCGACUCGUUAAUCGCGGAAUGGGCGCAGGUGGUGUUGGAGAGUCAGAAGGCUGCGGAGGCGAGGACGAGGCGGAGAGAGGGAGCGGCUGCUGCUGCUGCUGCGGGGGGAAGGGAGGGAAAGGAAGAGGAGCAGGGGAAUGGGAAGAGGAAGGGGUCGAAUACGAUUAGGAUUGUGAGGGCUGUACCUGAAGUCGCGGGCGGGGGUGAGGUCAGAUAG